AGACAGAAUGAAGUCAAAAAAUUGACAGCAGUAAGGAACCUGAUAUUUUCCAUAAGGCAAGGAAGGGGCCUGCAGUUAAAGAAGAUUAUCUAAUGAAUCCCAUGAAGGUAACAAAUCUAGGAAUUCGAGAUGAAUCGAGAGCUGCAACUCGGUUGACUGAAGCAAGCUUUGGAGGAUGGAUUCCGAAUGAGUCUCAAUGCACUGGGUUCAGACUUUCAGCUGGGAUCGAUUCUUCCAAUGUUGAUUCAUAUGGUGUGACAAGAUUGAGUCCAAUUAAAUUGAGUCCUGGAGUGAAGCACAUACUGCAACCGAACCAAAACGUGGAUCCGGACAACUCAAGGUUAAUCCAUUCAACCAUCCCUUUUGCAUCCCUGACCGAGAGCGGCAACACGUUGGAGACUCGGAAGAAAUCAACAAAGAUUUACAGGACUGUAUACUAGCCAAGCAGGAUAGGAGGCCGAAUUUCUCUGCUCUUUGCUUUCAAGUUCCAUGGAAUCAAUUAAAGAAAGAAGCUCAGUUUUCAUGAUUUGCUGCCAUCACCAACCAGUGAGAUUGUAUAUUUAUAUACAUAUAUAUUGACGGACAUAAAGAGCAAACAACCAGAAGAAUAUCUCUUGCAUCAGUUAAUUACUACAUCAUGAAU